CUUUUAUAGAAAUCUCAUAGGACUACUUCUAGAAAUAUAAUACUCUAACCUAUAUGCGUCCUCUAGUGGCUCGACUCAUAUAUGUCAUAGUAAGCCGCAGCAGCGUAUUCAGUCAACGGUACCUAUAUGGGGCUAAAUAUCUACCAACACUCUAUGGAUUGGAAGCCGUAUUCUAUUGUAUAAUAACGACCUGUUGUUAUCUAUUGGGGUCCCUGAGAGAUAUUCUAAUCAUGGUUACGCCGAUUGGUUAAUGGAUAUAGAGUUGGGUGAAUUGCUAGUGUAGGGCUGUUGGAUCCUUAGAAUGUCAGCAGCUUGUACUGAAGCAGCAGGUCGAGGAGGCCAAUGAUGGCUACUUAUCUCAGACGUCUGAAGCUUGCUUUCACAAUAUGUUCCACUUAUGACUUCCGUUCUCCUAAUAUCUAUGGCCCAACUCCAACUCUGUUGAUUCAUGUCUGUCUAUGAUCGCCGCUUUCGAUGUAAUAACCUUUCAGCAUGUCGCAAACCUCUAUGAUCCCGGAAGAAAUAUUAAACGGACCAGCUCUGCAGCCACCCCAAGGCCAUGAACCGAACUUCGAGCACCCCGCCAACCUCAACGCCGUAGCACAGUUUACCAACGCUAUAUGUCUAUCUUUGAUAACGCUCGUUACGCUUAUGCGUGCGUAUGCAAAGGCGUCUAAUCGAAAUAAACUGGAAAUCGAAGAUGCUCUUGCAUUGGCGGGAAUGGGAACAUUCAUAGCAAGUGUGUGGUGUUCGUAUCAUGUACUAUAUAUGAUUGGUGCCUUCCCCCAUCAAUGGGAUGUGCGGUUGAGGGAUCUCGCUCCGAUCUUUUACAUUCACCACCUUGGUUUCAAUUUCUGUGCCGCCACGUCAGGUCUUUGGAAGACCGCUAUUCUCCUGGAGUGGAAUCGCAUCUUUGUCCCGCGUGGUACCCGGAACUUAUUCUACUGGAUAGGCAACAUGCUGUUAGCAUUCAAUUCUAUAGCUAGUAUCGCUUUUAUAGUAGCUGAAAAUAUGUCCUGUUUUCCAUAUAGGAAGAUUUGGGAUAAAACGAUUCUCGAAGGUUACUGUAUCGACCAGAAAUUAUUUCAGAUUCCAGGCUGUUUAGCGAAUACGAUAUACAUAGCAGUUGUUAUAGUGUUAACCCAGCGAACUAUUUGGCGUUUACAGGUUGCCACAAAGAAAAAGAUGGGGGUUUCUUUCUUAUUUCUUGUUGGUUUACUGGCUUUGGCAUCGUCAAUUGCUCGUGCGAUUGCUAUGAUCAAGUUCCUAGAUUCUGAUGAUAAAACAUAUACGAUCAAUAGCGUAUAUCUUUGGACAUUGGCAGAGAACACAUGUUGUUUCCUUGCACUUUGCGCACCAUGGAUACCGAGAGCCUUUUCUAACACCGACUUAAUUCACCGUGUCAUUGAUAAAGUCAUGUUUUAUACUCAUAUUUCUAGAAGGAGUUCAAACCGGACGAGCAAAUCACAGUCAUGGCCAUCUCAUCAGGUUCAUAUGGGAAGUGAGCUAUGGGAUGCUGAUAGGAUGAUGUACCACAGAAUGAGGGACACAACGACGCCAUUGGUCAAAUAUCCAUCGUUGUCGAGCAGAAAUGAGCAGAGUGACUUGGUUUUACCCAGCGAUGGCAUACUCAUGACGACGGAGAUCGUAGUUGCAACAGACACCGUGGAUAGGAGGUCAUCUAAUCGCGAUUACCCUUGGAGUAAUGGAUAAAUGCCUAUAGAAGAUUGGAAGAAGACCUUAGAAAAGAUGCGCAUGAGGAAAACGCUUCUUUAACUGGACCAUAACCAAACAUGUUUUUAGCAAAAAAAGCAAGACAGUUACUCCAAUGCAGCUUCUCUCCUUGCGGAAGAAGAGCGAGUCUAUUCAGCUACAUAUUUUUGAUCUUCAUAGUGACUCCAUAGCUCUGGAGUAUCAAGUUUCUUCUUUCUGGUUGGUAACCAUUUCCAUGUAAUCAAAUAUCGAGUAUAGAAGAUUCCGAGAUAGGUGACGUGGUACGAUGACUCUACACACUCGUUACGUGCAGCUAAUUAAUAGUUGUAAAAAGGAAAUGGAAACCCAGGUAGGGUUGUGAUAACUUCAUUAAACACGUUGCCGAUG